CAAGUUUGUCUGACAAAAGAUGUCGCUUGCACUCAAGACUGGCAUUUAUCUUGUAGGUCCUGAACUAUUUAUGACGUAAUUAGGAGUAUGAACUUCGAAUUCAGCUCAGGAAUAGUUCACCCAGCGUGACAGGCGUGUACCUUUUCCUUGAGGGAUGUCAGGCGCAAAGAAGCUCAUAAAUGACCCGUCAG